AUGUCUGGACGUAGCACUCGCGCGAGAAGCCGUGGCACCGGCGCAAGUGGUACUCCCAAAACUUCACGCCAAAAUUUCUUUUCUGAACCCCCGCCAGCAGAUCUACCUGGCUUAUAUCCGGUUCAUGACGGAUCAUACGGCGUCAAUACGCUCUUGAACCUCGACUCUGCGAAGAAGAGUAGAGGUAGAAAAGCCAAGCCUGGAUUCGUUAAUGAGGACGACGAAGAUGAGCGCUUUACUGGACGCAUCGAGAGAAAAGGUGGCCAGCGUUACACUAUGGAUAACGAUCUCAAAAGGGUUGUCGAGGAGACCGUCGAGGAAGCUGAAAAGGACGACGGCUUUGAAGCGGAGAUCGAGUCACGACAGGCCCUUAUAGACAACCCCGACCAACCGAACACCCAGUCAGGUGCUCAACAGUCUGACCCAAAGCAGGGUUCGAGACCACGCACCCGACGCGUGGACGACUACAAAGGACCCCGUGUUACUAAACUAGGUCGGAUGUUCCCACCUGAGGAGAAGGACACGCAAAGUCCACCAUACGCUCCUAUUUCGUACAGAUCUCCAGAUCCGGAAAAACUCAUCCAUAAUGCGAAUUCGUCGGCACCGCCCCCAUUUGCAAGUUCCUUCUAUGGUGUACCAACAGGUCGAGGUGCUGGAUUCCCCUCUUCGUCAUUUGUCGCUCCCGCGCGUGCUCCUAUACCUCCUGAUUCGUCCAGAAGCUUUACCUCAGAAAAUGGGCUUUAUGGCGACGCAUCAUUCAUACCACCCCCCAGCAGAGAACCCGCACACGAAGGCGACAGUGCUGGGAAGCCAAGCGGAAGCAACAAAUCUGGACCUAGAGACAUUUCGAUGUUAGGCUUGACUCCAGGUGAGCAGCAAAGAGUAGAAAGCAUAAUCCGAGACAUGAGAACGUUGCCUCUGCACCAAGCUCCUGGCUCGUCUUCUACCCCUAUCAACUCAUUGAACCACCCAACGGAGCGGGAGGUUCGAGCGGUACGAACCUUAACACGGGACAUGGGAGACGAUUGGGCAAGGAAUGACAGAAUUUUGGCCGAGUUAGACAGAAUCACGAACCAGAUCAAGAACAAUCGACAAGCAAGGACGCCAAAACAACCCGAUGCCAAUCUACCCACUCCAGCUAGUUCUAACGUCAUAAGCAACACCCAUGAUCAUCCUGUCGUCGAUGAACUUCCUAAACAGGAUCCUACCACCGUCGACACCAGUAAGACACAGAACCGCAAUGCGAUUGAUACUGAUGCCGACAACGCCACAAAUGCCAACGGAAAUAUGGGCAACGAUCAACCCAUUAAUAGCAACUUACCUCCAGUGCAACCGAUGGAAGAGUUGCCUCCUGUAGAUGACGGACUUCCCGAUGCAGACAAUGGCGAGUUCGGACAGUUUUUUAACCACAAUGCUCCAACUGAUUCGCCCAACGACCACAACCAUGAUUCCCCGCAAACCCCCAAUUUCAGGCUAGAGCGACCCAUUAAGCGACGAAAAGAUCGAUAUACGAAUCGGAAGCGCGAUUCGUUAUUCGAUUGGGCGGCAGCUGGGAGCUCAAGCAAUUGGGCGAGCAUGGGCUUUGUGUUUCUAACUAUUUUGUUCUGUGCUUGGCUUCUAUUAACAGUUAUCGACGGAGAUUUCGCAUCCCCUAGAGACGAAGUCUUCGUUGACCCUGGUACACAAUGGCCCAAUUGGGACAUCAUAAAAGACAAUAUUGGUAAACUCAUACCUUCGGGGACUAGUGGCAGCGGAAGCAAUUUCGAUUUCAAAUCCGGCGACACGCAAUCGAAACUCGUUAAUAAUCUCACCCCGAAGAUUCCUGAUCAAGUUUUUGUUGAGAAGGACGGGAAGGGCAAACUUAGAAUAUCGCAAGAUUUCUGGCACGCUCUACGAAACCUAAUCAGGGAAGACGAUAUCAUUCUGACUCUAGAAAAUGUUAGAAAGGAAGCCCCAGAAAUCUCCAACGCGCACUGGCUCGCGAUAAAAUCACGUUUGAGCAAAGACGGGUUCGGAUUACACACUGGGUCCAAUGCCUCCUCGGGAGGGCAUAUGGCACACGCUGAUAAACAUUCAUGCCUGCGCUGCUGGGACAAUUGGGUGAGUCAGAACGAGGAAGCGCUAAAAAGAAUGGUAGGGGGGGUUGCCGUAUCUAAGGACGAGUUCCUGAAACUAUUUCGAGGCGAAAUUAAGUCCUACCAACAAGAAAUCCGUAAGGAGCUCACAGCCCAGGAUGCUCGGAUCAAAGAGCUUGCAGAGGCUAUGACCGCGCUCCGCAAUACCGCAAAGAACUUACAUGGGGGAUUGACCGAACGAGAAGUCAAAGCGAUCUGCGAUGCGGCGAUACGAAAAGCUAUCGAGAAUGCCAAACUUGACGCCUUAGCUAGCGGCCGUAUACGCGGCCACGCGAAUGACAUGAUCGUGAACCAGGUUAACUUCUUCGGAGUAGGCUCCGGUGCAGUUAUCGAUCCCCAUUCUAGCUCACGACCAUGGGAACUCCCUAAAGACUCGAAGUACAAAUCUAAGGAGUGGUAUCUACACAAUGGCUAUAGACCUCAACCCCCUUCGUCCGCUAUAAGCCCUUGGAGUGAGGAAGGCGAAUGCUUUUGCGCCGGGAAGAUCGUUAAGGGGGUGCCGGAAAUUACCAAUGCGAUUGGUAUUAUGACCAGCGUUGCCGUUAUUCCACAGCACCUAGUUGUGGAACAUAUUCUGCCAGGUUCGACGUUAGAUCCGAACGCCAUGCCUAAGGAUAUCGAAGUGUGGGCGUAUAUCGAAGAGGUGACGUUGCGCGAAGAAGUGCGUGCCUUCUCGUCGAAUAACAUACACAACCAACUUGAAGCCGAAGCUCCUACGGUGCCAGAUGGCUUCGUCAAAAUCGGCCACUUCACGUACGAGCAGAAGGACUACGGCGACGGCGUCCAGAUCUUUAAGAUGAGCAGCGAGCUCACGAGCAUGCGCGCCGCUACCAAGCACGUUAUUAUUAAGGCUGUGACAAACUACGGCGCAGAUCACACAUGCUUCUACCGGCUCAAACUGUACGGUGAGGCCGUGGACAGCAGGCGUUGGGAGGUGGACCAUCAAAAAUAA